AUAAGAAAUCUACAAAACUAAACUACAUAUGGAGAAACGUCAAACUCAUGAACACCAAUUAUUUUUUCCUUUUAUUUUUUUGUCUGAAGACAUUUAAUUUCAUUCUUUGCAGACGUUCUGGAUUUUCAGACAGCUGCAGACGGGUAGUUUCGGGUUAAUUUGAGGUAGUGUGGGCAUCCAAAUCUACUUGUAAAGUUUGGAGUGGGAGUUUUGUUUGGUGAAGAAAAGUGAUAUACUCAGCAAUGGCACUCAAGGUUCCAGCUCAGAAGGCAGCUGAGAUUGCAAUUGGGUCAAUUGGGCGUGGAUAUGAUCUAGCUCGUGAUUUAAGGUUGAAAUAUUGUAGUGGAGAUGCAAUGGAUUUGCCUUUGAUUGAGUUCGAUGAAGUUGGGUGUUAUGAUGUAGCUCUGCCUGGUGGAAUUUCUAUCUCAAAUGUAUCCAAAUUGAUAAAAUGUAACCAGGGUGAGGCCAUGAGGAUCGGGUCUGAUGUUACCUCUUUUCAGCAGAUGUCAGAACGGUUCAACCAUGAGAUGUCUCUGAGUGGUAAAAUUCCUUCUGGUUUUUUCAAUGCGAUGUUUGACUUCUCAGGCUGUUGGCAGAAAGAUGCAGCCAAUACAAAGACCCUAGCUUUCGAUGGGAUGAUGAUCACACUUUAUACAGUUGCACUUGAGAAAUCUCAAUUGGUACUAAAUGAUCAUGUUAAGAAAGCUGUUCCAUCCUCAUGGGAACCUGCUGCCUUAGCAAGAUUCAUCAAGACAUUUGGAACCCAUAUUAUAGUUGGUGUGAAGAUGGGCGGGAAGGAUGUAAUAUAUGUAAAGCAAAAGCAUUCAUCAAUUCUUAGACCUUCUGAUCUACAUACAAAAUUGAAGAAGAUGGCUGAUGAGAAGUUUUUACAGAACGAUGGACGAAAUCGGAUUGAUUGGAAACAAGUCAAGCUACAAAAUGAGAUGCAGGAUAUCUCAAUAAUUUACCAAAGGAGAGGUGGAAAAGAGGAAAUGAACUUAUCCCAUGCUAAGUGGUUACAAACUGUUCAGGUUCAGCCUGAUGUGGUCUCAAUGUCCUCCAUACCAAUUACCUCUUUGUUAAGUGGAAUUCCAAUGAGCGGAUUCUUGAACUAUGCCAUAAAUCUCUAUUUACGAUAUAAACCCCCACUUGAAGAACUCCAUUUCUUUUUAGAAUUUCAGCUGCCAAGGCAAUGGGCACCUGUUUUCAAAGAGGUUCCCCGUGGUCCACAGCACAAGCGACAGAGCAAUUCAUUUUUACAGUUCAAGUUCUUGGGUCCCAAGCUUUAUGUUAACACCAUUCCAGUUGAUGUGGGUAAGAGACCAGUUACAGGUCUCCGGCUCUAUCUGGAGGGGAAAAGAAGCAAUCGCUUGGCUGUCUACAUGCAGCACCUUUCUUCUCUGCCAACCUACUUUCAACUUGCGGCUGAACCCGAUGAUACCUUCCCUGAAAAGUCCUAUGAUAAAGGAUACUUUGAAAAAGUUAGAUGGAAGAACUUCUCUAGAGUCUGCACAGCUCCUGUAGAGUCUUUCAAUGAUCAUUCCAUAGUAACUGGAGCUCAGCUACAGGUAGAGAAAUAUGGGUUCAAAACAGUUCUCUUCUUACGACUUCGUUUCUCCACUGUUUUGGGAGCUAUAAUUGUAAGACAUUCAGAGUGGGAUGGAUCGUUUGGAGUUUCGCCUCAGUCAGGAGUCCUAUCAGAUUUGUUCAUCAGGCCUUUAACACCAGCACCACCACAACCUGAGCCACGUACAAGCUCUUCGGUUUACCCCGGUGGCCCUCCAAUGCCUAAUUAUACCCCAAAACUAUUGAAAUUUGUUGAUACAGCUGAGAUGAUUAGAGGGCCACAAGAUCCUCCUGGAUACUGGGUUGUCUCUGGGGCAAGACUAGUUGUUGAGGAAGGCAAGAUUGCUCUACGGGUCAAGUACUCCUUACUGACAGCUACAAUACCCGAUGAACAUACCUGAGGAGCACCGCCCCAUUUUUUUUAUUUGGUUUUUGUAAAACGGGAAAAUACAGUAUUGGUUUUUGUUUAGGUAAAAUGGGUUUAGGCCAUGGAGUUUCCAUUAGGGAGGUAGAAUAUAUUUGGACAGUUUAGCUUCUGCAUGCCCUGUCUACCAUGUCGAGAUGACGGAAAGCAGAGAAUUCAAGGGAUCAAAAGUUUUGAAGAUUGGCUGGCCUGUCUGUCUGAUUGGGGGAGAUGUUACAGGGCAGAGUUCAGCAUGGAGAUCAAUGCUAAUGAUUCUGCUGAGUCCUCAAGAACAGGGCAUACUCUUAGCAGGGAAUUCAGUUGAUUAUUUUAAUUAAAAACUUGAGCCAUUUCAUCAUUUCAUGUAAAUUAUAAUUUUGGGAACUCUGUAGUUCAAAGUUCAUGCAAUUCAAUCUUUCAUUAACUCUAGUUGAUAA